UGACCAGAAAAAAUUGUUUUGGUUUAUCCUUGAUAAAAUCACCAAUGACAUAGAGUAACCAAAACAACAAAACAAUGUAGAAGCAAUAGCUGAUUGUUACUCCAAAACGGCACUUCUUGAUUUUACCUAACAGUUUGGUCAUUUCGGGGCUGCUUAGACAUACACAAACUUCAGCUUCCGGAGCUUAUUUUUUUACAGAACUCAAAAGUCCUCAAACGGGAAAGGGAGGGAGAAUUAUCCUUGUACAGCUAGUAGAUACUUGCUAGCAAUGACCGCGCCCACCUGCCGGCACCUGCCUUGUCCGAGGCUCCCCUCCGUGAAGCGAACGCUCCCCAUUUCACCUGUAGACUAAGAGUAGCCCCUCUUUUCGUGCGUGACGCGAGAACAAACCGCGAGAAAAAAUGGCCGUGCGAAUUCCCAGGGGCGAGAUUUCACGCCGCCAUUUUUUCCUCGCGGUUUAUUUACGGUCUCGCUCGACGGACUAAGCGAAAGAGGGACCUCUCGUAGUCUACUUCACCAGCGAACCAUCCGUGUGUUGCAACCGAGGCGGGUGUCACACAACGAAAUGAUAAUCAUAUCCACGGGCAGCGUGACUUCCCGGAGCAAACCCAAUCCUGUCGUGGCUGAAACUCUCCCCGGGAAAGUCUCUUUGCUUGUAGAUAGUUUUUUCCCUUCGCUGCUGCGCCGUGGAAAAGAGAAUGCCGUUCCCAAAAUAGGUCACCAAAAUAUGUUCAGGCAACCUCGUCCCCAGGGUCUUCUCCUCGUCAAUUUUCAAAAUGGAGAAGACCCUGGUGCCAAAAAUGCGGGGACUUCAGCAAGAUGGUCGAUGGCCAACAGCCAAAAUGCCGAUACAACUUUGGUUAUCUGCGGUGUAUCAGUGUUUCAUUCAAUGCAUCGAGUUAGUGGAACAUAAAGAACUGAUUUCUUGGUCUCAUAAUGAUAUCAGAUCCUUCCCCGCUGUGUUGUUGUGAAUUCCGCAAUCUUCAUGGCCAGAGAACCCACAUCCUUGCAUUUUGCUGCGAGUGUGAUGAACUGGACAACGCCGUCGACCAGUGUCUCAAAGGAAACCGAGUCCCGAGAGAGAAAUUGAAUGAAAUUUCUACGGUGAUAUCUGAUCGUAUUCGCAUCCCUUGGUUCAACGGCGCUAUAAAAGUGGAGUUUGAUGCUCUUGUCCCUGUCCUUUUUCUGGCAAUUUCUCUGUACUUUGCUUGCUUUAGCUUCGUCUUCACCGUCCUUGUACUGGUUUACGUUCCUGUGUUUAUCCUUAUUUAUUAUGUCUACGUGUUAAACCAGCGGAAAAAAACUUGGUUCUUUGUAAGUUGGGGUUUAACAUCUCUUGUUGGUAUUUUUAGUCUCUAUCUUCUGCAUGUUUCUCCUUUCUACUCGUACCUCAAUUCUAUCGUCAUUUCUCUUGGUUUCAUUCUGGUGUUAUUGUUAUACUUGCGUGCAAUAUUUUCCAGAAGCCUCCUCAACGCUUACGCCUUGAUUUCUAAACCACUCCUUCGAAACAAUUCACAUGUUAAUGCAAGUAGUUACAAGGAUCUGAACUGUUGUCUCUGUACUGAAGGACCCUUUACCAGGGCAAAGCAUUGUAGGAUUUGUGGCUACUGUGUUCCAAGAUCAGACCAUCACUGUGUUUGGACAAACAGUUGCAUUGGACAGCACAAUCACCGUUCAUUCCUUGCAGCUAUCACGAUAUUCAUCGUAACAGGACUUUGGGGAAUUUAUCUUUCUUUCCUCACUGUUUGUACAUCUCUGGACAGUAGUGUUCUCUAUAUGGAUUGUUCAAAUGUCUAUUCAGAUUCUAGGUCCUCUGUUGUGUUUGUAACAUCAUGGUACACAGUUAUCUUCAUUUUUGGAUUGUUUGCACUCCUCUCACAGCAGCUUGUAUUUGUCAGUUUCAACUUGACAGGCGAUGAGUUCCGAAGAUCUUCCAGGAAAAAACCAUUUUGGGAAGUUUUGUGGAGUCAUCGAUAUAACAGGGGAUUCAUAAGAAACUGGAUAGAAUUUCUUUUUCCUCCAGAUGUUAGAUCUAUUGCUGAAGAAGUAGUUUAGAGGGACAUGAUGGGGAUGUAUAUAGGGUUAAAAAAUUGCCAGCCAAUAGAUGCAGAAAAGAUGAAUGCUUUAUUUUAUUUUUUUAUCGUAUUUAUGAAUGCUUUAUGUAAAAUAACCUCUUCACUAGUUGUUUGCUUAUUUUUUUGCUCUAACCACGUUUAAUAUUACAAUCAAACCAAGUAAAGUGUACCCCUCAAGAUCACAUUAAUGAAAAUUAAUUAUUUGAAUAUUGAACCUACUAGUCAUUUCAAAAAUUCAAUAAUGAAUUGAUUAUUUAUGUAUUGAACCUGCUAGUCAUUUCGAUGUGCAAUAACAAAUUGAUUAUUUGAAUGUUGAACCUUUUAAUUCAUUAAUGUAAUCUUGAGGGGUUCUCUUCACUUGGUUGACUUUAACCCCAUGGAAAAUUGAAUCUUGCAUUCCCAGUGCACGUUUUUGUGAUUACCAACCACUGGUUGGGAUUUAAUGAUCACCAAUCCCUGUUGACAGACAAUCUGAGAAGGAAUGAGAGGGAACAACCUCCGAUUAGCUGAGAAUUAUCAGGGCCAAGUUGUUCAAAGCGUGAUUAAGCUAACCCAGGAUUAGCGAGAAAUUUGGUUUGAGUUUUGUAACUUUUUGGUGAGGUUUUCAGUUUA